UUGACAUUCCGUUGUCAGACAAAAUAGAUUUUAGCAAGUGUAAGCAAAUAAAUGUCAAAGGGACAAAUAAAGCAGGAGUUUGGUCUGUGAUAUCAGGUGAUGUAAAACAAUGCAAUGUUACAGUGGUAGAUGGAAACACUGAAAUAACACCUAGAAUUGUUAUUGAUGCAUUUGGAGAAUCAGAUGAAAGUAAACAUAACAACGGGAUUGGAAAGGACAUCUAUCUGGGAAAAGAUACAUCUUGGACUCACACUGAUGUUGACUACACACCUUACAAGAAUGUUUUAUCCGCUGUAUGGCCUACAUUAAGACAUUCAUCCUAUCAGUGGGCAGUUGUUGAAGUAAAAGUCAAUAAUGCUUUCACUUUUUAUAAGAAAUAUACAGAUAUUGUUAUAUCCGACCCAUGUUCGCAUCUAGAUAUGAUACAAUGUGGCCAAACAGAUAAAAGGUACAUAAAUGUACAAUUCAACAAAACGGAAUAUCUGAUUCACGGAAGAAGUUAUGCAGUCUGUAUACAUGCACCAGAGACAGUGAUUCAACAUGAAAAAUGGAGAGAAUCAUUAGACGCUGUAACAACAUGCAGUGAUGGGGUAGCAGUAGAUUUAACACCUCCCAAACCUGGAAAUGUCUGGAUAGGUCGCGAUCCACAGUUUUUAUUUCAGACAACCUCGUCCGAUAUAUUAAUUACCUGGGACUCGUUUAUAGACGUGGAAGAGGCAAAAUACUCAUCGCACUCAUCUGGAGUAUCAAGAUACUUAGUUUCUGUUGGCUCUGUUGCUGGAGGUGUGGACAUUGUCGAUAAUAAAAAUGUUAAAUUGACAAACCAUGUGACAUUCCAUGAUCUACAGCUUCAAAAUGGUCAUAAAUAUUUUGUUACUGUUACAGCUUAUGAUUUUGUUAACCGAAGCACAGAGAUUCGAUCAGAUCCUAUAACUAUUGAUACAACACCUCCAGAGUUAUCUAGUAAAUCCAUAACAAUCAGUGGUAGACUUUUAUCAAAUCUGACAGAAAUAGAAGCUUGCUGGGAAGGUGUCUUUUAUGAUGUUCAAAGUGGAAUUCAUUACUAUAUGUGGGGAAUAGGGUCACUUCCUGGUCAGGACGACGUUAUACCAUUCUCUAAAACUUUACAACAUUGUGAUAUGUCGUUAGAAGAUAGAAGUUACGAUAUCAUUGAAGGAUAUCCAUAUUUCAUCACAGUUAAGGCUUUCAAUAGAGCACACCUAUCAGUUAGCAAAUCAACGUGGGCCUACAUUUACGACAUAACGCCACCAUCUACUGGGCAUGUGUACGACGGGCGAAAAGAUACAUCAAGACCAGAUAAGAAAGAUAUCGAUUACCAAACAAAUAUGACACAGCUGUCAUUUUUCUGGGAAGGUUUCCAUGAUCCACAUUCCAUCAUCAAAUAUUACAUCGUAAACAUUGGGACAUGUCCUGGUUGUAAUGAUUUGAUGACACAACAAACUGUUGGAAUACAUGCAGAUUUUACUCUUUCCAAUGUAAACUUAGAAGCAGGUAUUACAUACUAUUCAACCGUUACUGCAUGUAAUACUGGAAACUUAUGCAGAUCAGCGACAUCAGAUGGUGUUGUUAUAGAUAACAGUCCUCCUGUCCCAGGAGUUGUACAAGAUGGUACAGAUGAUCAUGAUAUUGAAUAUCAAUCAGCAAGGAAUUACUUAUCAGCGAAAUGGUUUGGGUUCGCAGACGCUCAAUCUGAGAUAGAAUACUAUGUGAUUCGAGCAGGAACAUCUCCAGGAUCAGCAGACAUAUAUCCACCAAAUAUGUUACCGCACAGUGACAUGGUUUUGUUGACAAAUUUACCCAUUCCUUUACCCCUGGGUCGACGUAUUUACAUCACCAUACGCGCUUACAACAAAGCAGACUUGUAUUCAGAGUUAACAUCAAACGGUUUUAUAAUUGACAUAUCAGCGCCAGAUAUAGUUGAAAAACCUUCUCUGUCAAAUGAUUUGGCGUCAAUUGUUGAAAGAUCUACAGUCCUAAGGUCUGCAUUAAGGUUUCGUUGGAACGUUCAAGAUGCACAGUCCUCUAUACAGAGACAGUAUUUAUCUAUAUCAUCUCAUACAAAUGGGGAAUUCAACGCCACUUCAUUAAUGGUUAGUGGUGUAGUUAGAGAAUACACCAUGACAGACCUUGAUUUACAUGACGGUGAUACCUACUAUAUGAAUCUGAUAGUAUGUAAUGGUGCACAAAUAUGCACAGAAACUGAAUCGGAUGGUAUCCUGGUAGAUACCACUCCACCUACAUCCGGUAUGUUUGCCGUGAGUACGUUCCACGCAGCAAACCUACAACGCCAUACUCCAGGAUGGAUGAAUUGGUCAGAAUAUCGUCUUCAAAUAUCUUUGAUUGGAUUUAAAGACCUUCACUCUGGCAUUAAAAAGUAUUUUGCGUCCAUUGGCAAUAAUUUUAUGGGUGACAAUUUAAACAAGGUCCCUGGAUCUCCAAUGGAGUAUUUUCACAAUGACUCAAGCAUUCAACAUUUGGAUGAUGGUCCUAUUCAAUUCAUUAUUUUAUCAACCCAGCAGCUGAAAAAUUAUGAUCAUAUUUAUAUCAGCACUUGGGCUGUAAAUAAAGUCGGAUUAAGAAGUCAAAUGAUACAUCAUAAAUUUCAACUUAUAUCCGGAGGCUAUUUAGAUUUAAUAAGAAGUUGCACGGCUCAGACAUGCCUUGGUCAUUGUGUAUGUUCACCAAAGGAUAAACGUUGUCAUCUUAUUGGGAACGCAUGCACAGAUGUGUCAGCAGAUAACAAAGAUACAUUGAUAACUGUAUUAGAUACCAUCGAUCUGUCCGGACCAAACCAAGACGAUAUUCAGUUUACUCCCAGCAAUUCUUUUCUUUCGGCAAAGUGGACUAUUGUUAAAAACCAAGGAUUACCGCCACUUUGGUAUGAAUGGGGAAUAGGUUUUACAUCAGCGGAUUUACCUGAGCAUGUUAUUGAUAAUUCAACAGAAACCCUGUGGCAUCAUUCUGGACAAAUUAUGGAGGCUGCUGACUGCUUACCAAGAGGUCAGAAGUUGUCAGAGUUAAUAACCUAUUCCGUAUUUGUUCGAGUAUGGUACAGCAGUAGCAAAUAUGCAAUAUUCAAAUCAGAUGGUGUUACUGUUCUAGCUGUACCAAUUUCAAUCAAGAAUCAUAGAGGAACAGCGGUAGUUGAGAAGAUACCGCUCUUCUGGAAAAGUGAUGUGGAUUUUAUCAAGCCUGGCUAUCUAUUUACCAUUAGUUGGAAAAAUGUGUUUUCAGCUAAGAGUGGAAGUAUACAAAAGUUCAAUGUUUAUAUGAGCAGUUUUAAAGGAGGUGCUGACUUGCAUAAAGUUGAUUUAGACAUCGACUCGUCAGUGUAUGCUGUCAACAUAAGUCGGUUAACAAUGAUACCCGGUGUCCGUUAUUUCAGUAAUAUUAUAGCUCGUUCUUACUCUGGACUACAGACUGUAGCAUAUUCAGACGGGAUCAUGGUUGAUAGUUCACCACCUGUAUCUGGAGUCAUAUAUGAUGGUUUAGGCCUCCAUGAUAUUAAUUAUCAAAACAAGUCAGACAUAGUGGCGGCCACAUGGCAUGGAUUUACAGACACUGGAUCAGGAAUAGUGAGAUAUUCAUGGUGUGUAGGAGCAACUCAAAAUGACCACGAUUGUGAUAUUCUGCCGAAUAAAAAUGUUGGAAUGCAUACAUCAGUUUCAACCAGGAUACAGAAUCAUUUAAAUAAUGGAAAAGUACUCUAUAGUAAACUUCUAGCUGUAGAUGGAGUUGGGCAUGAAACGGCUAUCACUGUUUCUACUGGUGUGUCAGUAGAGACAACACCGCCUUUACCAAUGUUAUUCUCACAUGCACUUGAAAACCUAUUGAUAAAUCCGUCCUUUGAAGAAACAAAUGGUUGUUUUAUGAACAUUACAGACGUUUCUGGUUAUAAUUUAUGUGAUAACGAUAACUGUUAUCAGCCGUUAUCUUGGAUAAAAGAUAGUUGUGUAACAACCAUUAAGUCUGAUGUAAAUGUUGCUUAUGACGAACGAUCUUUUAUUUAUUUGAAAGGGUCAAUACAACAAAAUAUACAAAAUCUUUUAUUAAAUGUCAUAUACCAGGUAUCAUUUGUAACUAGCCACACACCAAUAAGUGGUGCUGUCAUUUCUAAUAUAGAAGGAUCUGUGGAGUUUUGUAACCAGAAACAUGCAUUUCAUAUUUUCACUAAAGAAAAAGAAUCAAAUAUAGCAUGGCACCUUCAAACGUUUUACUUCAGGGCUAAUGCAGAUACAAGUGAACUAAAAAUUAGUAAUCUUAACAGAAAUAUUGGUUUCCUAGUUGACGAUGUUAAGAUUCAAAAAGUAGAAGAAAAGUCAAAUAGUGCUGGUGAAAAAGCUGUACACGUACACACAGUAGGACUUCAUCGUUGGACAUCGAUACAUGCUUCUUGGAACUUUGUUGAUUCGGAAAGUCCAAUUACCGAAUACCUUUGGGCUAUUGGAAACACGAAAGGAAAUGCAGAAAUACAACCUUUUAAGAGUGUUGGCAUAAAUAACUUUGCCUACAAUUACAACGUUACACUAGUUCAUUUAUCCAAAAUAUAUGUCACAGUAGUCGCUGUCAACGCCGCUGGCCUUCGUGGAAUAACUUACUCAACAGGUUUUGGCAUAGACUUGACACCACCUGUCAUUGCCUAUGUUCACGAUGGUUCAGGAGAUGACAUUGAUGGACAAACCUCCAAUACUAUAUCAGCGUACUGGGAUAUUAGUGAUUCCGAGUCAAAUAUAAAUUUUUGUGAAUGGGCUGUUGGUUUUCAACCGUAUGGCAAUGAACUGCAAUCGUUUAAAAAGACAAUAGAACUAAAGUCUGCAACCGUCACGUUUGAUGAAGAUGUUCUAUCACAAAAAACAGUAUAUAAUACUGUUAGAUGUCAUAAUAAUGCAGGCUUAUAUUCUACUGCUACAUCCGAUGGUGUUACAAUCUCUGAAAUUCCUCCCUCAAAUGAAAAUGCUGUGAUAACAAUCAUUCCUCAAUCACUCACUGAAUAUAGUUCAGGAGACUAUUAUCAACAAGAUAAAACAUCCGUUAGGAUGAAGUGGUCAGGAUUCACUGAUCAGUAUGGUAUUAUGUCCUUUGUCGUACAAUUUGACGGAGAAACAAUACAUUUAAAGAAUUCUGUACUUGACAUCAAUAAACAAGUUUCUUAUAUGGUGAUGGCCGGGCUAGAUUUACCUGCUUCAGUUUAUUCCGCAAGUGUUGCUGCUACUGGUUCUAUGUACAUCAGGAGUAAUAAAGUUUACACAAACAUUACGGUUGACACAUCAACUCCAGAGGUUGUAGAAGGAUCCAGAGUAACAACGGUAAAGAAAGAUGACGAGAUAACUAUCAGUUGGUCGGACUGUUUUUCAAACCCUGAGAGUCUGGUAUAUGAAGUAUCUGCAGGAACAACACAAGGCGGUGCUGAUGUCAUACAGUGGCAGGAAACUACAAAUGAUUUUCUCAAUAUACAGCUUACUGAGAAACUGAAAAGUAAUUCAAACCUCAAUCUGUUCCUCUUCAUCAGAGGUAUUGAUCAGAAUGGAGCGUAUUCCUCAAUGGGUGAUGAUAUAUCUGUUUGAUGAGACAAUUUAAAGUUUUUUUAAUUUCAUUUUUACCGCAUCUGCAUAUCUAUAUGUGUUCAUUUUUCUAACUUGUAUAUGUAUUUUACUUGGUUGAAAAGACUAGGAACAAUCUAUUCUUGAUGCACCCAGAGCCUAGCUAUUGUCUCCCACUUUAAGUAUAACUAUUCGAUCUAUUUUCAUAUUUCAAAGAAAUCAGUGAAAAUUUUUGUAAGUAUUUGUUUCAAUCUUUCACGGCAUAAAUGAAGAACAAAGCCCCCAGUGUUUUGUACUUUGAUAAUGUAAAAUUAGCAAACAGUUUCAUUUAUUUUAAUAAAUAUGCUGGUAUAACUAUACACUUUUUUAAAAUUUUGGUUGGUCAAUAUAAGGAACCUGAUAUCAAGCGGCUGUUUCAUUUCGUAUUUUAAUUUUCUAUACUCUUAUAUAGCGUGAAGAUUUUGACUACUUAAAAAUACCUAUAGAAAACCAUGCUACAUAACUGAUACUGUUUAGUUGCAUUGUAAGCUCACCGUAAAAAAAGCAGAAACCCAGACCAUAUGAUAUAUUCUAUAAAAAGACCUUCUCAAAAUUCAAGUGUGUUUCCAUUUGUAGAGAGACAAACGGUCUGAUUGAAGCAGUCGAAAUGGUAACGUUAUUUCUCAAUUGAAGUAAUCUUAGAUUUUUGGUGAAUGUAUAGUAACUAAUAACACAUACUAGGUUUUUGUAAUUUAGUACUCCAGACGCGCGUUUUGUCUACACAAGUCAUACCAGUGGCGCUCGCAUUUAAAUACUUUGACACUAAAUCAUUAUGUUAAAAUGCAUUAAAAACCAAUAUCCCAAAAAGUUGUCCCAAAUCUUACUAAGACCUAUGUUUUUUGCUAAGUGUUUCGGAAGGUUUUAACAUUAGUGAACAUUUAAUUCACAUAAAUUGUCAACGUCAAUGAGUUUACAUAUCAGCACAGAUGUAUUGUCUGUAAUAACUAUAAUACUAGUAUCUAAUAUAAUUGAUCUAAAACUUGCGUUAUAAGAAGGCAGUUGAAACGAAUGAUAUAGACAUUAUGCUGAAUAAAAAAAGAAUUUCAUGUUUAUAAUUUAUAUUUAUUAUAUUAUAAUUUGUUAUUCAAUUUAUUUGAGGUCCUCAAGUAUUAAAGGAACUUGCAAACUGUGUAACUACUUUUUUGAUAAUAGUUUUAAUUUCGAUCAAAUGAUGGUCAUCAACUUGGUAUAUGUUUAGUUCUCAGUCUACGAAAAACAUUGCCAUCUAAUAUAGAAUUUGUUGCACUUUUAUAUCAUCAUCGUUUUACUAAAUGUUGCAUGAGCUCAUGUGUUGCCUGUUAAAGAUGAUUUUGUAUCAAUAAAGUGUCUUGUGGUC